ACCCUCUAUUAACUGUAUUAAUCGAUGCAAAAAUAAUAAUCUGGGAAAAUUCAACUCUUAUAAAUUAAAAUACAUUCUAUUAAUUAACUGCUAUUUUAGCUUUUUUAUUUCUUCAAUCAACCAUCAGUUAGCUUAAUUUACUUACCACUAUUACAUUUGUUUCAUAUGUUGCCCUAUUGGACUAGUUAGUGAGAACAUCAUUGAAACAUUAAGGUUGUGUUAUUAUUAUGGCUGGACAUCUAAACAAAAGUGAUACUUCCUUGUGGCUUCACAAUAAAUUAGGUAAUGCCAAUGAUUUGUGGUCAAAUGGUUCAAUUUGUUCUCAGUUAAAUGCUGAUGUGCUAAAAAAUAUUCGAGACUGUUUUACUGAUCUGCAAUCACUGGUCAAAUUGAAAUUACUUCUAUCCUUCCUUCAUCUACCUAGAAGGAAUGUUGAACUGUGGCGAUCCGAAUUAGAAGAGAUUUUGGAAGUGGCUUCCAUUGAUAGUGACCAAUGGGUGUCAAUGGUUGCUGAACUGUUAAAAUCUUUUCCUGAAACUGGAACAAUCAACUUUAACGUUGAAGAAAAUGCCGCUGUUUUUACUGAUCUAAUAACAGACUUGAAAAAAUCAGUUCGUAAACAUUCAGACCAAGGAAUACUUCCAAUUGAGUCUUUAUACCUGAAUAAAAAUGCCUUUACCGCUCAAAUAGGCGCUCAACCUCAACCAGUAAAACAUUUUACCCUCCGGAGGAAACCAAAAUCGGCUGCUCUCAGAGCUGAGCUUUUACAAAAAUCUAUCGAUGUCGCCUCAAGUGCAAAGAAAAACAUGACAGCUCCUGCUGCUCCUGCUAGAUACAGAGGAUUAUCAAAAGAAUUAAAUGAUAACACUCCUUUAAAAGGUAUUCCAAGUCGCAACUCUCUUGGGUCGUCUAUUUCGACGUUUAAAACGCCUAAUCCUGCAAACAGAAGUGCGGGAAGUGUACGUAAUCCUACAAGACCGACAAUACCUGGAGUUCGUCGAGAUGGAGGUAUUAAACUUUUAGAUAUCGGUGAACAACCAUUAGGAAGGGAUGCUAAACGUAAAAAGCGUAACCAAGAAGAAACCGAAACUAAGCAAAAGGAAAAUGACAAAACUAAUGGACAAGAUUCUUCAGCAACACCCGAUUACGCUUUGGGUCUUACAUCAAUGGUACCUCCAAGUCCAGCUCCUGCUUACUCAGUUCCUCAAACACCUGGUCCUUAUGUUAGUGAACCUACAACACCUAAAAAGGAAUCACCUUCAGCUAGUAAAACACCACAAACAAAUAGUCUUAUAAAAAUGAAAUCUCCUAACGAUGAAGAACCGUCACAAUCUACUGAAACGUCAUCCCCUUCAACUGCUUCUUCAUCGACUCCAAAAAUCACACCGACCAUUUCUGGAUCAUCUGUUAUCACUUCACCACAGAAAACCAUCCAAUCAAGUCCAGUUCAAGUUAACUCUCAAGUUACUCCAAUAACAAUUGUACCUAAGCAGCAAACAAAACAACCAUCUGAUACUACGCAAUCUCAGCCCCAACAACAGGGAUCACAACAGUUCAAUCAACAAGCACCAGUGCCUCAACAACCUGUGCAACCAACAACCACAACCACAACGACAACACCUCGUUUACAAUUAUCUCAAAAACAGAUUUUGGAAGCGCAAGAAUUGUUCAAGAAUUCUAAUAGCGUUGGUAAAGUCGAAAAGGCUUUGAUUUUAAGUUUUAUGGGUGGAUCUCGAGAAAAUCCAUGUCCUCAUCUAGGAGAUAUAGUUACUAUUAAAUUAAGCGAAAAAGAGGAGCAAGUCAGACAACCCGAUGGAACAACUAUCAAUGUUAUCGCAGAGAACCAUUAUCAAAUGAAUUAUAGCACUGGAGAAGCCAAACAGAUAAAAAAAUUGCGACGUCUGUAAAGUGUUUUAUUGAUUAUUUUUAAAAUACUGAUUUUUUAUGCAAUAAAAUAUUGGACAUUAUGCGAGAAGA